AGGUUAAUUAUAGUUUUAAAAAUAUGAAGGGGACGUAACGAACCAGUGAUUAUUUUCUUCGAGGCAAGAAAAUUAUGAAAGAUUUACAUGCAAAUGGAAACAUAAGCCAUUUCAGACGCAUGAAGUCACAAUUUCCACCUUUUAAUAUUGCUACAAUUAAAAAAUAAUUAAAUGUUUCUAAACAUCAGUAAAGAAGAAAGAAAUAUCUUUCUCUCUCUCUCUCUCUAGUCUUUAUCUUAUUUAAUAUCUCCAUCUUCCUUAUGAUCAAUGCCCAAAAGCUCCCUUCAUCUUCUAUAUAAUCACUUAAAGAAAAUAAACAGAGUAGAAGAAAGAAAGAACUUGCCUUCAUUUGUUUAGCUAGAAAUGGUGUUUGGUUGGAGAAAAGCGUUUUGCACAUCCUUUCCUAGUACUCAAGACAAACAUCAACAAUCAUCAUCAUCUUCUUCAUCACACCUUCUCCACACUGAUCCACCUAUUACCACACCAAGACUCCGAUCAAAGUUCGGUUUCUUCUCAAACCCAUCAACUCCCCGUCUCCGAUCUCGUGGAUGCCGCUCCGCCGCUUCAACCGCCGCCGCUACUCCAUCUCUUCCCACUAGUCCCAAACUCCAAUGCAGGACUACAAGCAAUGCUACUCCAAGAACCAGUAACACCUCCUCUCCUAAGUUUCUCUCCAACCCUUCCUCUCCCAAAUCUUCUUCUCCUUCCUCCCACGGCGGCGUUUCUCUCCUCCGUGCCACACUUCUUCUCAACCAGAGCAAUAGUAACAGAUGUGGGAUUUGCCUACAGAGAGUUGACUCCGACCAAAUCAACUCGACGGCGAUUUUCACGGCGGAGUGUUCACAUUCUUUCCACCUCUCUUGCGCCGUUAGACUACAAGACAAGCGUUGUCCUUUCUGUUCCGCCUCCUGGAAGUCUGAUUCUCCCUCCGCGAAUUCAAGACCCGACCCGAUUAAAAAACCCGAGAUCCGAGAAAUAAAGACAGGGAAGUCUCUAAGAGUGUACAACGACGACGAGCCGUUAGCUUAUUCCCCCGUCUCCCUUUCCCGGUUCAACACUAUUCUAGAAUCAGACGAAAACGACGACGUAGAAGAAGACGAUGAGUUCCCCGGAUUCUUCCCUGAUUCUUCUUCAAUCACGCCGGCGAUCUCCGGGAAUUUGGAAAUUCAAUUGCUCCCGGAGUCCGCCGUGGUGGACGCCGGGAAAAGGUUUGAGACGCACGCCGUCGUUUUGAAAGUGAAGGCGUCUCCGAUCAAGGAGGCGGUUAGAGCGCGGCGGCCGUCGUUGGAUCUGGUGACGGUUCUCGAUCUUACCGGCGGAGUGGAUUUGGAGACGGUUAAGCAGGCGAUGAGAUCAGUGAUCUCUCUCCUCCGGGAGAUGGAUCGUCUCUCCAUCGUCGUGUUCUCGUCGGGAUCGAAACGGUUGAUGCCGUUACGACGGAUGACGGCGAGAGGAAGGAGUUCAGCAAGGAGAAUCAUCGACUCUAUAGGCGGAAUUGAAACUAACAGUGGAGGGAUGAGAGUUAACGACGCUUUGAAAAAAGCGGUUAAAGUCGUUGAGGAUCGGCGGGAGAGGAAUCCAACGGUUAGUGUUUUGGUUUUAUCGGACGGUCAGGAUCAAGAGGCGGUUAUGAAAGCUGGGUUAAGUUCCUCCACGCGCGUUCCUUUCGUCGUGUCCACCACUCGCUUGUUGUCUCGGCCCGAGAUCCCCGUUCACUCCGUUUGGAUCGCGUCUCCCGGCGCGUUGCAGCACAACGCGCCUGUAAGAGACGCGUUCACGGAGCGGAUCGCGGGUUUGUUCAACGUGGUUCUACGUGACGUGAAGCUUAAUCUAGGGUUGUUGGUGUCUGGAUCUCCGUUGACUGAGAUCUCAGCGGUUUAUUCUUUAACGGGUAGAACCGAGAGUUUCGGAUCCGGGUCGGAUGUUGUCGUCGGUGAUCUGUUUGCGGAGGAGGAGAGAGAAUUUCUCGUUGAGAUUAAAGUGCCGACUUCGGCAAGUGGGUCCCAUCGUGUGAUGUCCGUACGGUCUUCGGUCGUUGACCCCACGACGCUUCAGCCGUUUCCUUGUCCGAAUGAGAAACGGUUUUUGAUCCCACGGCCACAGGGUGUACGAUUCGUUUCCGCUGGGAUCGAGCGGUUGAGGAGUCGACACGUGGUGUGCCGCGCUGUAGCUGAGUCACGUAAGAUGACUGAGCGUGAAGAUUUAGCCGGAGCCUAUCAGGUUUUAGUAGCGGCUCGGUCAAACGCAUUGGAUGAGAGUGAUGGAUUAAAGAGCUUGGACGCUGAGUUAGCCGAGCUAAACCGGUUGAAACCGAGAAACGGUUUAGUAAACCGAACCGAAGAGGAGAAAACCGAGCAGCUUACGCCGACUUCGGCUUGGAGAGCGGCUGAGAAAUUGGCGAAAGUGGCUAUCAUGAGGAAGCAUUUAAACCGGGUCAGCGACAUGCAUGGCUUGGAAAACGCCAGAUUUUAAGUUUCUUUUUUGGUUGAUUAUUAGUUGGUAUGUAAUUAUUUCGAAAUAUUUUAGUAACCAAUAAUUGAGUAAGAUAUGAUAAAUAAAAUUAUAGGAGUUAUGAUUAUUAGAAAGGGACCCCAUAGGUGCAUGACAGCGACAAGCAGUAGCCGACGGGUGUGGCCUUUUUUUCUGAAAUGCAGAGAUUGGUACAUUGAGAAUUAAUUGGUCUUUUAGCUUUUAUCAUCUUCCUUUUUGUAAUUUUCAGAAAAUCCAAAUCUCUGACUGAAAAAAGGUGGGGAAAAAUAAAUAAAGUUUGCUUUUUAUAUACUAUAAAGGUGUAGUGGAUAAUGAGAGAAUGCUUGCAACGCUGGACUUCAAAAUCAAAAGCAAAUUUGUAC